AUGGCGCCUUCAUCAGUUGAGAACUGCGACGGUGGCUUGUACGUCGGUAAUGCCGGCAUUGCCUACAUGUUGUACCGACUGUCUCGCUCGGAAUUGCUUAGGCCCGAACUGCGACAGACCUACACCAAAUUGUGCGGUCAAUAUCUGGCCACGGCCCUUGCUUACUCUGAGAGCAGCAAUGACAGAGACCCCCCAACAUCGUUCCUCCUCGGUAAGGCCGGGGUCUAUGCUCUUGGGACGGUUAUCGCCUCGCAUGUCGGUGACGGUGCCCAGGCUGAGAAACUUGCCCAAAAAUAUAGUUCGAUAGGCGAGCUUUGCAAACCUAUUAAGAUUUUUCCGUAUGGUUCAGAUGAGUUUUUCGUCGGCAGGGCUGGUUAUCUUGCAGGGUCCUUGUUUAUAAACGAGAGCUUAGGAAAACAGAUCAUUACGCACAAUAUCAGCAUAUGCCAGUCAAUAAUACAAUCAGGAAAAGAAUAUGCUGCUAAACACAAAUCUUUUUCACCAUUAAUGUAUGCCUACCACGGAACAGAAUAUCUUGGUGCUGCACAUGGUCUCUCUUCGAUCUUAUUGUUUUUGCUAUGCAUUCCUGAAUUCUUCAAAGCCCAUCCAAGUGCUGAAGAGGAUGUCCGUGCCGCUGUUGAUUUCAUGCUAAGCAUUGAACAACCAAACUGUAACUAUGCACCUGCUAUGGAUGAAGUAAAUAUGGGGCAGAAACGACCAGCUUCAGAGGAAUUGGUUCAUUGGUGCCAUGGUGCUCCUGGUGUUAUCUACACAUUUGCACGUGCCUACAGACUCUGGAAGGAUGAGAAAUAUCUUAAGGCUUGUAUCCGGUGUGGUGAUCUCACAUGGCAGGCUGGUUUACUGAAAAAAGGCCCUGGGAUUUGUCACGGAGUUGCUGGCAGUGGCUAUGCCUUUCUGUUGUUAUACCGCCUUACCAAUGACAGCAAGUACCUUCACAGAGCCCAGUGUUUUGCCGAAUUUAUGUUUACCCCUGAGUUUCAACAUGGAGCCCGGACCCCUGACUCCCCAUUCAGUUUGUAUGAAGGCUGGGCUGGAUCUGUACUCUUUUUGCUUGAUCUCCUCCAGCCGGAAACUACCGAAUUUCCCUUUUUCUCGGUUUUCUCCUGA